CUCUCAACUAUUUCGUAGCUUCCUACGUGUAUAAUUCGAGAAAACUCGCUUCUUUUACCCAAAAAAGAAUUGUCAAUACAUUACAUACUGAUUUUUCAAUGAAUGAAAGUUGAAUUCUCAAGGAACUACCAUGUCAACUUCGAAGGAGUGUGGAAAAGAAGUACCGAUAUCACCGGACGAACAUGAAUUCGUCAUUCCGAAGAAGUCUAUUAAAGUGCCGGUUGAUAUGGCAAUUUGGGAAAAGUCUGAAGCAUAUUUUGAAUACUUGGGAUUUAUAUUGGCCUUAAACGAGUCUGUUCAGGGAAAAGCACUAAACGUUGAGUGCGCUCAUAGUCCUGUGAUAGGUAAUGUUGUGACAAUGCUUAAUGUAUUCGAUGAAUGGAUAACGCAGAUACCUCCAACUGAUCAGCCUCAACGUUUUGGCAAUAAAUCUUUUAGGGUAUGGCAUGAAAAGCUCCAACAGAGUGGAAUGGAUGAAUUGCAUAAAAUAUUACCAAGUGAAUUCCAUAGAGCAAUUCCAGAAAUAGUCCAGUAUUUGUAUGAAAGUUUUGGUAAUCCAACACGUAUAGAUUAUGGUACAGGCCACGAAAUGGCAUUUCUGAUGUUUUUGUGCUGCAUGUUUAAAAUUGGUGCUUUUAAACAAGAUGACAAAGUUGCUGUAGUUGUAAAAAUAUUUAAUAGGUACCUCGAAUUGGUACGCAGUUUGCAGUUAACUUACAGAAUGGAACCAGCAGGUAGUCAUGGUGUGUGGAGCUUAGACGAUUACCAAUUUGUUCCGUUUGUAUGGGGAAGUGCUCAAUUAAUUGGUAAUUCUUUUACUUCUCCACUCUUAUUAGUUUGUAUUAAAGAUCAUUACAGGAAUGUGCUUAUAUUGAGUAUCAAUAUUUCAGGGCAUCCCCGGUUGGAACCUCGCCAUUUUGUUGAUUCAGACAUUGUCGAAGCGCAUAGCAAGCAAUACAUGUUCCUUGGCUGUAUUGAAUUCAUUUCAAAGGUGAAAAUAGGUCCAUUCGCUGAACAUUCAAAUCAACUGUGGAAUGUUAGUGCAGUUUCAUCGUGGGUCAAAGUGAAUAGUGGCCUUAUAAAAAUGUACAAAGUUGAGGUUCUCGCCAAAUUUCCUGUCAUUCAGCACGUAUUGUUUGGCUCUCUGUUAUCAAUAAAACCCGCAAGUGCCCCUCCGGUGGCAAGAGGAUCUCGACAGGAUCAGCGUAUAAGACCACCACCGCCUCUUAAAUAAUAUUACGAAUACGCUUCGUACUCGUCGAUGUAGAUUGUAACAAAUAUCUCAUGUUUAUAAUAAAAUUGUAC